CCUGAUAAUGUGAAAUACCCAUCCAUGGAGCUUGCCUAUGCAGCUGGGCGAGCUGGGGGCACCAUGACAGGAGUUCUUAGUGCUGCUAAUGAGAAGGCAGUGGAGAUGUUCAUCAAUGAGCAAAUCGGCUAUCUGGACAUUUUCAAGGUCGUCGAGCUUACAUGCGAUGCGCAUAGGAAUGAACUGGUUGUCAACCCUUCCCUUGAGGAGAUCAUACAUUACGACUUGUGGGCUCGAAAGUUUGCAGCUAGUUUACAACCAUCAUCCGGCUUGAGUCCUGUUCCUGUGUAAGUAGUCUGGUUCAUCAGCUAGAAUGUUGUGGUAGAUGGGACAUCUUUAGGUACAUAUGAUAACAGGCUCCUGUCAACUCGUUCUGAAAAUUACAUGAAAUGAUGAAGCACCCAAGAUGUAUCCCCACAAGAAAAGAUGCAAGGAAAAUUUAUUUAUCUCAAUCUUUAUAUGCAUCGACAGAGUUCGAUCGAACAAAAAAUGAAAAAAAAAUUCUAUGAAAUCAUAAAAUUACAGCUGAAAAACUGAAGAA